AUGGACUGGAUUGAGGCUGUCCACCGGCGUUCUCGCGGCCUUGACCUGGGCUCUCUGGGCCCCAGUAUUCUUCCGGAUGUUUUCCGAGAGCAAUCGGCGAAGUGGGAGACAAUCGCGAAGCAAUACCUUAGCAAGAUCAUCCUUCUUGUUCAUCGCUUCAUCCUGACGGCACUGGAGGUCGUUUGUGCAGACAGUCAGGUACUCCAGAACGUCUCAUCCGCCAUUCUGAGCGACCUGUGCACGACGUACGAGAGCACGCAUGCCACGGAGACCAUCCACGAUACCCUGGAGGCCUACUAUAAGGUAGCUUACAAGAGAUUCGUUGAUAAUGUCUCCAGCCAGGCGGUUGACUACCAGCUUCUUUCUGGUCCUAAGAGCCCCCUUCAGCUAUUUUCGGAGCAAUGGGUCCUCUGCUUAAAACCGGACAAGCUGAUUCUUCUGGCAGGGGAGUCUCGUCGGACGAGGGAGCGUAGGGAGAGACUGGAGAAGGAGGUACAGGACUUGGAGAUUGCGAUAGAGAUUCUGCGUUGA